AUGGAUUCUGGCGUUCGUGAAGAGGAACGCUGCCUCGUCGACAGUGCUCCCUGUCGUCAGAAGCCCAUGAUUCUUGAGAAUCGCGCACCGUUUAUCGCCCAGAGCACCUGCGAUUCGCCUGCCUUCUUCACCUUCAAAAGCGAUACCGCCGAAUGUAUCGUAAACAGCAUGGUCAUUGUAAAAGGUGCAGGCAUCCUGGUUCAGCAUCUCCAGGGGUCGGUUGAAACAAGACCAGGCCUUCCCGUGGAUACUGUGGAAAUGGCAGGCAGCGUUCACGUCUGGUCGGGCGGCGUGGAGAGCUGA